AGCCAGCGUUUAAAAUCAUCCUGCUGUUAAACUGUUAGAUUAUAAAGAAUUACAUUUAUAUUGUUUAUAUUCAUUUAUUUACAUACAUUUAUAUUUUUAUUGUCUUCAUUUACAUUUGCUGUUUAUUGUACACGGUGCAACAGUACAGGAUGAGUGAGGUGGAGUUGUCAUGUUUAGCGUGUGUGAAGAUGCUGCUGCAUGCCAGCGUGUAUCCGCGCUGCAGCGUGAACGGGCUGCUGUUAGCGUCCGCGACCAAAGGAGACGCCGGCGAUGGAGCUGUCUGCGCGACCGACUGCGUUCCUCUGCAGCAUUCCUAUCUUCCGCUGGCCAUGGCCGCUCAGCUUGCUCUGACACAGGUUGACGUGUGGUGCUCUCAGACACAGCAGAGGAUCGUGGGAUAUUAUCAGGCGAACGCCAGCGCGUCCGAUAGCAGUCCGACACCAAGUGCUCUCAAACUGGCUGAUAAAAUCCAGGAGCAGUGCAGCAACGCCAUCUUACUGAUGAUCGACGGAAAGAAAAUGAGGCCCGGAUACCGCGUCCCCCCGAUAGUGAUGUACGAACACAAAGACUCGAGAUGGACCUUAAAAGACAAACACACAAUAAUGCUUCGUCAGUGGGACGAGACUCAGUCCAUCGUUUCCGAGCUACUGAGCUCGACGGAUCACGAGCUGCUGGUGGACUUCGACAGUCAUCUGGACGACAUCACGAAGGAGUGGACCAAUCAGAAACUGAACGCCAAGAUCAUGGAGCUGAUCUCUCCGGCUAACGGGAACAUGUAACGUGCUAACGGGAUUAAAAUACUCAAAUAUUCCAGCUAGUGUUUUCUUCUUCUUCUGUAUUACAGUAUAAUAUGACCAAUCAGGAGCAAUUUAUAAUUUAUUAAUAAUUAAAAUUCAUAAUUAACAUUAA